UUGUCUUUCUAUUCCUUUUUACUUUUAAGAUGAUUGAGAAGCUUUUAAGUUUUACUUUCAUUCUGGUUUUGAAUCAAGAGAUCACUUGGACACUGUGUCAAUCGACAGAAAAUAACCGUGUUCUAGUAGGGUAUGCCUUCAAACAGUUCUUCGCCAGAGACUGGUUAAACUGUAUUCAGGCUUGUCAUGACGAGCCAGGAUGCAUCUCAUACAACUACGAGAGAUCAAAGGGUGCGAAAGGUUUAUGUAAGUUAAACGAUUGUGGAAUUGAACUACUGAGCUACGGAGAUCGGCUUCUUAUCCACUCCUUGGGGUUCGUGCAUCAGCAAAUAAGGAAAGGAAAGCAAUGUCUAUUCAAGGACUGCCAAGAAAUUAAAAGAAGAUAUCCAAAGGCGGAAAGCGGCGUACAUUUAAUUGACCCUUUGCCAAAUGUUGAGCCUAUUGAGGUAUACUGUGAACUUGACAUUGCUGGUGGUGGUUUCAGUUUCCUUCCUCGCAGCCUCACACUCAGAUCAAAACCUCAACAGAUUGUCAAUUCUCUCCUUAAAGACAAGGCAAACGUGUUGCUAAAGUUAAUGAAAGAAGUCGAUGAUAGCGAGUGGUACACUCUGAUUCAGCUCCAUCCAGAUUACUCCAACAUUGGUUCUGGUGUCUUGGUCAACAACUUCUCUGGUUACACUAGACCGAAGAACUACUGCAUGAAAGAAUAUAUCUUCCUUGGCAUACUUCCGAAAUCUGUUGCCGAUAAAAAUACAACCCAGGGUUUCAAAUCCAACGGAGACAUGAUUCAAUUCAAAAACUGCGACGGAAAUCCCAACAGCUUGUUUGCGUUUAUGCCAAAUCGAGAUGGUCAGACACCAAACAGGCAUGCUAAGAAGUCAAGGUAUGAAAGAGAAGGUGUUGCCGUAGACUGGCGAUCUAAGGCAAAACUCAUCACGUUUCCCGAGCACAAAAUGCCAAAAAGGUUUUUCUUUUUGACAGAAGUUCACUUUGGAGGCUGUGGUUGUUAUACUUCUAGCGAUCGCUGGUCUAAAUUUGGCUUUAACUCUACAGCAAUUGGAAUCCGCUAAAACUUAGUCGGUCCGUAGAUUUAAGAUGGCUGUUACCACUUUUCAGUUAGAGCUUGAUAAGAUAUUUUGUACUUGCUAUUUGGCACAGAUCAUUUUAUUUCCAAUAGGCGUAUUAACCACAAGGACUCUAUUAUUCAUCACUCCCACCCGUUGUCUUUCAGACGAAAAGUUCGCAUGUGAAAUAUAUUCUCCAAGAAAAGAGGUUUAUGUCAUAAUGUCACAGUGGAAUUUCUUGCUAGGCCACACCUAUUUCAAGUUCUUAUAAGGCAACUACCUCUUCGUAGCAGAAGUGAAUUAAUUUGGCGUGUGUGGCAACUACAGCUUUCGUAACCAUCAGGAGAAACUGGGGCAUUACCAUUAGGACUCUAUUUUUAUUUUACGGGACACUUUUCAGGGGCGGAUCCAGGAUUUUUUUUGAAUAGGGGAUGCAUCACUAAAGAAUGGCGUAACUGACUGGUGACCGGAGGUAAACAAAUUGUAAUAGCAGAAUACCGCUUGUAUUAGAAAGCCGCAGGUCAUCUCAGGAGGGGAGAUGCGUACCCCCUGCACCCUCCCCCUAGAUCCGCCUCUGCUUUUACUCAGUUGAAGAAACGUUGUGAUUGCAGAUUUGCAGAUUUCUUUUUAAUGGUGACUAAGAACACUUUUCAGCUUCUAAAGGCAAAGGAAGAUAGAUUAAUAAUGUACAACGUUGUAAUCUCAGUACCUGGAUAUUGGAAGCUGGGAAGGUAUUAUUUGUAAAUAUUCUUUGGGUUGAUGAAAUGUGAAGGUAAUGAUGUAAGUUUUGAUUAAUUUUUCUUAAAGAGCUAUUCUUUUUUAAUUGAAGUUUUAGAGCAUUAUUAAUGCAUUCAAAUCAGCGUGAGAAAGGAAUACCAUGGGAGCAAAUGAAAACAAACACUUAGAUUAGAAUAGAACAAAAAAUCUUAAAUCCUACUUUCAUAGUUUAUCCAAAUAGCUAAGUCCUGAAAAUAUUUCUUUUCUUCGCAAAACCGUAUUAGGUAGCGCUUAAAUCUUAAAUCUUCCAUUGCCUUUUGAAUUGAUACAGUGCCUUUUGACACGAAGAAAAAAAGACACGAGUAUAACCUCAUUGUGAUAUUCUCUUAACGAUUCUUGAUAUAAAAAUUUGCAGAGAAAAUGCUGUAUUUCGCAAUACUGGCAGGGAAAUCCAAUUGCGUAAAGGAAAUUGCGGUAUCAGGCAUAUACAUCUGAACGAGAUUAACAGAAAAUCUGAACUCAAGUGCACUUUGAUAAAAGGAUAAAUUGGUGACUAUUUUAAGCUUAUGCAUGUAGAAAUUACAUAAUAAAAUAAAUGUCCGUAAGAUAGGUUAAA